AUAGUUCCGCAGCUGUGCUUGUUUACGGUCGUUUGGCAUUGAACGACUUCAGCCUGUCGAGUGAGUUUAGGGAGAAGCGGUGAUGGAUGCUGCUCAGUAGGACGAGCAAGAUGUGAAUCUCGAAACAAACUGACUGGUUACCGUACUCCUGAAGGGAAAACGAGCUUUGCGGCCGGUUGUCCGUAGCGGAGGCGGAUUGGUCGCAAAUCUAUUGCGCAGUUUAUCCGAAACUCCUGCCAACAAUGGCUGGCCCAUUGAAUGGGAGGUCACGACUGGCAGUCUUUGCACUGCUAUGGCUUGUCGCCGUGGCGAGAGAAUCCCUAGCUACAGUAUCCGCUUCACCUAGUUCCGUCGCCGGGGUGGGAAUGAAUGGUGGCUUUUCAUCCUCGGUAGCCAGCACACUGGAAUUGCCGUCAGUACCGGUUAUUCCUAUGAGCAGUAGCAUCGGAUCGGAGAACUCUGCGCCUGCCGGAACAAAUACUUUAGUGUCGUACGAAACAACGGCAUCGCUGCUUCAAACAUCCAUCGGUGGCGUACCUUCGGUGGCGCUCCCGGCAACAAGCUCAGCUGCGACGAGAGCUGAUGGAAUACAGUCCACAGUGGUGGCUUCGUCUAGUCCAGUAAUUCGUGUAGCGCCUACAGCUGUGGUUCCUUCGAGUGCUGCCGCCCAAGUGUCGGCAACGAGUGUGUUGUCCAUGUCACAAGCACUCCAGCAGUCUACAAUGUCAGUAGCUGUGAGUAGUUCUGUUCAGCCGGCAACUGCAACUGCUGCAUCUCCUUCUACACCAAGCGUGCCGCCAGGAACCUCCAUACCCCCGACGGUACCAGGCAGCUCACAAGGGACGACACCGCAAACGACCCCCAAGCCAGCCUCAACUCCGGACGUUCAGAUUUCAAGCCUCCCCGCGAUGAGUACAGAUACGCAAUCAUCAACCCCGCUAGUGAAUGCGUCCCAGUCAUCAUCUACGACUUCACCUGCUACGACCCCAAGCGUUCAGCCCCCGGCAGUUUCAGCAACAACUCCAGGUAAUCCUCUGACUCUGCCGCCAGACACGACGCAGCCAUCAGUUAGCAGCACAACUACUGGUCAAUCAUCUACUCUACCGACCGCAAUCACUAACUUGAAGACAAGUACAGAGCCGGUUACAAGCCCCAACUUCCCGACGAACACCCAGCCUGAUACGAGUCCCAGUUUGCAGACACUCACACUGUCUGCAUCAGCUGCAACGCUUCACCCACCAACAGUGCCAGACACGAAUACGACAUUGACCUCCACUGAACCAGUAUCCACGCCAAUGACAAUUGCCAAGUUGUCCGCAGCCGCAUCAAGUACCGCACCAUCGACACAGCCUGCUGCCACAGGCUCCAGUGCACAACCGCUGACUACACCAUCCACCAUAGCAGUAACAACUGCAAAGGUGCCAGCAUCAACAUUGAGCACACAGUCUCCAACACUACCUUCGACAAACCCAUCCACGCUACCCAUAACAACUUCGACAUUGCACACACCAGCGCUAUCCAGCACUGCACCGAGUGUCACGACUUCAUCCCUACCUACCGCGUCUUCCAGCGCUCAGCUACAGACCAAUCCGUUCACGCUCCCGAUCACAACUCCACAGCUGUCGACGCCGACACUUCCAAACACCGCAUCGAGUGUACAGCUGCCAACGCUACCGAGCACGUCAUCCAAACUUCAGCCUCCGACAGUUCCACUUACGUCACCACUGACAACGCCAACGUUUCCAGCACAGACAAUUCCGCACACUGCACCGGCUAGCGGCUCUCUUCCAGCCAAUCAGAGUGCACCACCUCUGGCCACUCUCCCUAAGACGGAUGUACCGGUAACUGUGCCAACACUGCCUCCAUCAGGUUUGCCCGCUACCUUGCCAACCGACAUCCCGGGGAUUCAGACCACGGUGAGCAAGGAGGAGAAUCGCACCACCACUCACAUCCCAACGUUUCCUCCCUACACUGGGCCGCCACGGCGGAAUUGGACGGUGUGCUCGACGACCGUGCUGACCAGCACAGUUCACUUCCGUCUGUUCGCCGCGCUGAACUGCGACAUUCUCAACGGCACACUGGUCAUACAGGCGCGUCGCAUUCCCGAGAUCUACCGGCAGUUCAUUCGCCUGCCGUCCCUGCUGCACGUCACCGGCGGCCUGGUCCUGUUUGCCCGGCCCGGCUGGACGGCCAGGGAGAUUCUGCCCAAUCUGAUCGCGGUGCGCGGCAAGCGGAUCGACGACAUGGCGCUGCUCGUGUUCGGUCACUUUCUCCUCGCUGAGAGCAUCGAGGUACCACUGGACGACACAGAGAACAUCACGGUCGCCGUUGAUCGUCACGUGUUUGAGCACGGCACGGACGGCAUUGCUCUGCUGCAUGGUCGCGUCGGUUAUCUCUCGGCCGAGGUUCAAGCCUACGGCCAACCACAGGCUAACCGCCGGCCGGUGGACUGCAGCUCGAACGGCACCGAGCGCUACGACGUGAACAGCACCCUUCCGGAGCAGUGCUGCGUCAGGACAUUCAACCAGGAGUAUCUAUGCCCAUACGGUUUGCUGUUGGCCUGUAUGGAUCUGUGCCUGAAGAUAACACUCGGUGAUCGGUCGCUCAGCGAGGUCGGCUCGAGGCCGCAGAGCGGGCCGUACGACCCCCGAGUGCCGGUGGUGUGUCGCUACUACACCGGUCCCAACCUGGAUCAGUGCAUUGACAUGUGCCCACUUGAUACAGCACUGUUCCAGGACACUCUAUGCUUGCGCAAGUGCCCGUUGGUAAUGGGCUUACUUGGCGGACCGCCGGAGCAGUACUAUUCUGUGUAUAACAAGACGAGUAUUCAGUACACGUGCGAGAUUACAUGCCCGCCGUUCUACCAGGCCGACGUUAGGACGGCGAGUUGCCGAUCAUGCUCCAUCAGCGACCGUCAACCAGGGGUACCAUGCAGGCGAGAGUGUAAUGGUGUGGUGGUGAAGUCACUGACUCAGCUAUGCGGUUUCGUCGGCUGUACUGAUGUUCUUGGUGACUUGGUGUUGAACAUCAACAAUCCAGGUCUGAUUCCGCGGUGUCUCAACAACUUGCAAGGCAUAACGACACUGAACUCUGCCAUGAUGAGAGCCCUGGGCAGUGUGCGGCGAGUGUCAGGUCUGCUGUUGGUGACCGGUAACAUCUGUUUGUACAACCUGAACUUCCUGCAUAACCUGCAAGAAGUCACUGGAGGGAGUACCAAUGUCAACAGCUAUGGAAUACUUAUCAACAGGAAUGAGGUACUGACGGAUGUGUCUGGGUUGCGCAACCUGAUCAAGGUCGGCAACAACCUGCUGGACCAACAACGACCUAAAGACGUCGUGAAGAAUUUCCGGAUCACGUCCAACUUCUAUCUGUGCCCGUCUGAAAUCGACAAGCUGUUUACCAAUUUCCUGGGCGAUGCCAUCAUUGAUUAUCACAACCGACUGAACGAGACCAUUCAGUUCACUGAAGUCCUCUACAAUGAAACCAACGCUGACAAACGACUCUGUCCUGUUACACGAUUUCCAAUUCAGGUGAUGAGCACAUCGGAGACAAGCGUCACGAUAAACUGGUUGCUACCCGAACCUCAUGAAAACCAGACUGUGCUAUAUAGCCAGUAUCUGUAUUAUGUGGAGACUAAGAACAGUGUGGAUCCACAUUUACGUGACGUCAUUAAGCUCAGCGGUAACACCACCAACACAGACUUCUCUUGUGCUGCAAGAUUGGAAGCAUGGUCAGUGAUUCGUCUCGAUUCAGACGCCACCAGCUACACGGUGACCGGCCUGCGCACCUGUUCGGAGUACGCAUUUGAAAUCGACGCCUUCUACAACCGCACGUCGGACGACUCGCCGGGCUUGAACAGCGGCAAUUCCUCCAUCGUCGUGCUGGGUCGUCCCAGUCCACUGCGCAAUCUGCCGGCUCCAGGGAAUGUGCGAGUGUAUUCGGCGGACGCGGAAACGAUUGGCCUGACGUGGAACGCGCCGAACAUUGCGUGCCAGGAGAUCGGUGUGCCGUUCACGUACCGUGUGUUCUGGUCGCAGAUCAACGUCUUCCCGCCGGCUAGCAACCUGACGGUGGAAGCCUGUGGUGAUCUGUGCCGCUGCUCCUCGGGAAAUUUCCUGGAUACGGCUACCACCAUCGGCCAGCUAUUGGUACUCUCACAAGAGAAUCAUGGCGGUCGAUUCGUCCUCUCGAAUGGCGGAAGUCUGAGUAGUGCGAGUGACGUGCCCAACCUGAUAACGCCGGAGGGCUGUAACAAUACAUCGGUGGGAAGGUGCUGUCCGGAGGGUGUGCAUGUUCACGUGUCCUCUCUCAACGCCCGUACCCUGUUCCGCAAGGAUGAGAGCGUGCUCACCACCAACCAGACGUUCUCGAUCAGGAGGAACGUCUCGACGCGCUUCUCCACCUAUCUUUUCUCGGUACAAGCAUAUCACGGUGAUCCGGCUGAUGACACCAAACUCAGCCGAAACAGUUGGGCGGUGGCCGCUAACGUUUCGGAACAACCCGUGUCGGAAACGCUACCCGGAUUCAAGGUCACGCGUGCGAGCAACACGUCCACCACCAUAGAGCUGCAGUGGCGUGAGCAGAGAGAGUCGAGCAACCCUAUCAUCCUAUACCAGGUCAUCAUGACGCAGCGCUCCAGGGAAUUCGACAAGGACAGUACGGACGUGAAGGACACCAUUGACGCAGUCGGUGUACAGUGCCUGAUGGACCAUUGUGCCGCACAAUCCGGCAGCCAAUGUCUAAACAUAUCUCUGGCGGGACGUGCAACUGGCGAACUAUCUCCGGUCGCCGUUGUUGUGAAUAUCAGCACUUCACUGCUGCAGCGCAUUGGCGGAACAGCACGUCUUUACCUGCUCAACAUCAACUGCUUAGCACCUCAGCCUGGAGAGCGUGUUCGAGAUGUCCUCGUCCAGGUGCGCACCGUCACUCUAAGCGGAUGUGGUCCCUGGUCGGAGUUGAAAACUGUCGUUGUAGAAUCAAAGCCUGGGGAAGAGACGCCAAACUCUGGUCCCGGUAGCUCCAACAGCAUCGGUACGGCAGAGGCAAUCGGUAUCGGUACCGCUGGCUUGGCUUUCCUGUUCAUCAUACUCCUGAUCAUCUACUCAAUCUCCCUGCGGCGCGCCAAGAAAGCAAGCAAACGAGAGGCGGAGGAGAUCCGUCAGAUCCUGGAUCGCAUGCAGCAGACCGAUCGGCGAUACUUCUUCCUGGAAAACAAAGGAGAUGAAUACAAUUUUAACAUUGAAGCGGAUGACUGGGAAGUUCCCUUGGACAACAUCACUCUCCUCGGCGAGCUUGGACAUGGAAACUUUGGAACAGUCUACGAAGGUAUACUCAAAGUAACAGAGGAUGGAAAGGAGGAAGAGCAGCGGGUUGCUGUCAAGACGGUGAAUGAAGGUUCAUCGGCUGACGCUGUGCAGGAGUUCUUGGAAGAAGCCUGUGUCAUGAAGACCUUGAAUGCACCCCACCUUGUGAACCUGGUUGGCUUGGUAACGCAAGGUGAAGCCUAUGCCAUCAUGGAGUUCAUGCCACACGGUGAUUUGAAACACUACCUCAGAGACAUACGACCAGAAAAGCAAGAAGAGAAGGAUGUGGAGAUGGAAAUACCGUCAGAAUCUCAGUUCCAGAGCUGGGCUCGCCACGUUGCUCAGGCCAUGACCUAUUUAGCCUCCAGAAAACUGGUGCACAGAGAUCUAGCUGCGCGUAACAUCAUGAUUGAUGGCAAGUUUCAACUGCGUGUUGGAGAUUUUGGCUUGGCCCGUGAUGUGUACACGACGGACUACUAUCGACGAGAAUCACAGACCAUGCUACCACUGCGCUGGUUAGCACCGGAGUCCAUACGCGACGGAGUGUUCAGCAGCAGUAGUGACGUGUGGGCAUACGGUAUAGUGCUGUAUGAAAUGGCCACACUCGCAGAGCAACCUUAUGUUGGUCAAAGCAACGAGGAAGUUGUCAGGCUGCUGAUUCGCGGCGGAUGUAUGGAUGCUCCAGUGCCAGCUCUACCUUUCCCGAAUACUCUGAUACGCAUGAUGGCCCUGUGCUGGAAGCAUUCCCCGGACGAGCGGCCGUCGUUUGACGAACUUGCCGAUCAACUCGCUGGACAGGAUCAUUACGUUCGAUACUGUUGAAGCAAUUCUCCACGUAGCUAUGUCCAGCAAGGACUAUUGGAUUCGAUGAUGCCAUGUUCAAUUUGUACGUCCAUUCAUGGUAGUAGUAGGUUCUUCUGACCAAACGAGACCAGACGAGACCAGACGACGCUUGAAAAAAACUCUACAUUGUGAAGACUAUUUGAUUGCAAGUUGUAGCGGAUAUGAACUUUACCUUCGCUUGCAUGUACAUGUAUGUGCGUCUCUAGCGCAGCAAAUACCACUGAUCCUUUCAAAAGCACAGGUCACACAUACACACACACUCACACAUGCGUGCACGCACAAGCAUGAAGACACACACACAGACACAUACACACGCGCACGUGCGCACACACACACACACAUGCACACACACACGCACACACACACACACACACACACACACACACACACACACACACACACACGCACACACACACACAUGUACAUACGCACACACAUGCACACACACACACACACACACACACACACACGCACACACACGCACAUACACACACACAUACAUGUACAUACGCACACACACGCACACACACACACACACACACACACACACACACACACACACACACACACUCACAUUCACGUGUGUAUACUGAACGUUGCAGAAUAGAUUUCUUCUGGAUGCGACUAAUAGCCCAGGCUGCAGAAAUGGUCAUUUCACAACCUGUUUUUCUGUGAACAGCUUUUACUUUAUUUAUUCGAGUGAAUGUUAUUGUUAGUUUUAAAGAUGAUCGCCGUUAUUCAACAAGACUUGAGUCCAUUCCACUUUCAUACACCUACAAUAGCCCUAGUUCUCUUUCUAAAGACACAUAACAGCAUCACACAAUAACAGUCCGUCAUACAUGUUGAGUGCAGUGCAGCAUCGUACACUAGCAACCUAGCUUACAUGUGCAUGCACGGUGUAGUGUAGUGUAGUGUAUUACAGUGCGUUGCAGUACGUUAGCAGCCUACCAUACAUAAUUAUUGAUUUACAGUAGGAUGAACUCGGAUGGAGAGCCAAGGACUAUUUAUUACUGUUAGCCAGUUAGUUGUAGAAUGUCAGUACCGUCGUUCAAUGCCGUGCAAUGUUAUCGCAUGAGCUGAUUGUUUACUAACUGAUGGUGUUAGUGGACGUUAUAAUGUAACUUGUAAUUCCUCGGUCCUUUUUACUUUUUUAACAGUAGGAUGCUUACCUUAUCUAAUGGGAAUGUGUCACUGUGGAUACAUGGCUGUCGUCAUCAUCCGCACUCUUCAACUGUCUUUCAAAGACAUGCUUACUACUACUAUAGCAUAUAGAAUGCAAACACUGAUUCAAGUUAUAUUCUACUUCAAAAUAGCUCCUGUUCUGUCAUUUAGAAUUUGUGUUUUUAAUUCCUUUCGACACAAUUAUCGGUUACACAUGAUUGUAUAGGUUCCUGAUGAAAAGAAUAAACACUACGAAGGAAAUUGUAUCAUUGUGAUAAAAUAAUUAAAUAUGAAUCAUGCUCUACUGACAUAAUAAUUUUAGACUAUGAAGAAUGUGUAGAGUGUGGAGAAUGUACUGUACAUGUAAAGACUAUGUGCAUUACAUGACGUCACAGCGGAACAGUGUCACAGUGUCUGACGUCAUAGCGGAAUAGCGUGAUCCCCUAGGUAGUAUUCGGGUAUACUUGCAGUGUUGCUGUCGCUCACACCUCCGAUAUACAUGAACAUGGAGGAGCGUGGCAAGGUCUUCAGUGCCAGUGGUAUCUCAUCGGCAUCGCUGUCGUUGACGUGCACUUCAAGUCGACGUUCGACAUCACCUUGCUUGCCUUGGAGUUGCACCAGCCAAGGCGGAUUCCUCCAUUUGAAAAUCAACACCACGUACGGUACAAUGAAACCAGUGCCAACGGCAAUACAGAGAUGGAAGCUGAGCAAAUCACUGAAGACAAUCCAGACGAUCAGUAAGUAAACGGUCAGUAUUCCCACUAUUCC